GAAAGAUUGGAUGACUGAAGUUGUUUGUUGUUAUAUCAUCGGGCAAAUUCCUUCUCACUUUAAUUAUUUGUAGCAUUUUUCUACAUCUAGUCUCAAUUAUUGCCUUAUUAUUACCUUAUCUAUUACUACCCUUUGACUAAUAAUGCAAAGUAAUCUUGCUAAAAGUUUUCUCUCUCGUGGGCUUUUUGCCAACCCAUUUCUCAGGUCAUCUUUUCAUGAUUAUUCACCUGAACCUUGUUACCCAAUUCCAAAUCGUAAACCCAAAAAACUGACCGCUGAAGAAGCUGUAUCUGUUGUGAAAUCUGGUGAUACUGUUUUUAUUCAGGGUGCAGCUGCUACUCCAAGAGGCUUAAUACCUGCACUAGCUGAGCAUGGACGUAAGAGCAGUUUAAAAGGUGUCAAAAUCCAUCAUAUUCACACCGAGGGCGAAGCUGAAUAUAAUGCACCUGAUUUAACUGAUGUUUUCCGAUCCAACUCUUUAUUUACUGGAGCUAAUUGUAGAACACCAAUUGCUGAAGGUCGGGCUGAUUUCACUCCUAUCUUUCUCGGUGAAAUCCCUCAACUCUUCUUCAGAGGAAUCAUCAAACCUGAUGUGAGCUUGGUCCAAGUUAGUCCAGCGGACUCCCAUGGUAAUCAUUCAUUGGGAACUUCGGUUGACUGUGUGCGGGCUGCCUUAAUCCACUCUAAGUACAUCAUUGCUCAAGUUAAUUCACGAAUGCCUCGCACCAAUGGAGAUGCUGUUAUUCAUGAAUCCCAUUUUGAUGCUGUAGUUCAUUGUGACAAAGAGUUACCAGAACAUAAACCCAAACCUCUUUCUGACAUUGAAAAAAUGAUUGGAAAACAUAUAGCCGAGAAUCUGGUUGAAAAUGGAGCAACAAUGCAAAUGGGUAUUGGUGCCAUUCCAGACGCUGUUCUUGCUCUUUGUGGUAACCACAAAGAUCUAGGCAUUCACUCUGAAAUGUUUUCAGACGGUGUCGUAGAUUUGGUAGAGAGAGGAGUAGUUACUAACAGGCUGAAGAAUAUAGAACAAGGACGAAUAGUAGUUAGUUUUAUCAUUGGUUCUCGACGUUUAUUCGACUUUGUUGAUGAUAAUCCUUUUAUUACUAUGAGGACCAUAGACUUUGUCAAUAGAGAAUCAGUAAUCGCACAAAAUCCCAAGGUUACUGCUAUCAAUUCUUGCAUUGAAGUUGAUAUUUGUGGGCAAGUCUGUUCAGAUUCAAUUGGAACUCGAGUUUACUCCGGAUUUGGAGGUCAAGUUGACUUCUUACGAGGAGCUGCUCUUGGAUAUGAUGGCAAAGGUAAACCAAUUUUGGCUAUGCCUUCAACAACCAAAAAAGGAGAAAGCAAGAUUGUGCCAUUCUUGAAACAAGGUGCUGGAGUUGUAACAACCAGAGCUCAUGCACAUUAUAUUGUUACUGAACACGGUAUCGCUUAUCUCUUCGGUAAAACAUUAAGACAACGAGCCUAUGAGCUGAUCAACAUUGCUCAUCCUAACCAUAGAGAAAGCUUGGAGAAAGCUGCAUUCGAAAGACUUAAAUGUAUGCCAUCCAGAGAUUAAAAUUCAGGUGUUAAAUGACGAUAAACAAACCAACUGUGCAACUAAGAUUACUCAAAGAACUGGGCAAGGGUGAUAUUCUUGAUUUAAUCGAAUCGAGGAAAAUUCAAGACCCAUGACAUUCUCUUUAUCUACGAUUCAUUCAUUCGCAAGUGAAUAAUUGUCAAAGUCAUGAUUAGAUCAUAAAUUUAAAAACUUUAUCAGAGAAUAAUAGCAUCUAUAUAUCUACUAAGCUUCUAACAUUACUUAGUAAACUUUUCAUGAUUAUCUCUUCCUCGAAUGACUCAGAAUUAUUGCAAAAUAAGUUAAAAAUUUGUACUCGUACGAAGCAAUAAGCAUCAGCAGCACUUUAAGUUUAUCGUAAAAUAACCACAAAACCGGGUGAAUGACUGAAAGAACCAAGUCAUUUUAAUAAUUAUUGUCCGUUUCAUUUGUUUGGUAUUGCAGAUAAAAAUAGUCCAUUUAAAGAAUUUAUUAGAACUUAUGUAAAUUCGAAUCUUUAAUAACUUUAAGCAUAAUUUCAUAACAAGAUAUGAUAAAAUGUUCUUAAUGACUAAUCAGACUGUAAUCAGCAAGGCAUAAUAAAAGUAAUUAUAUCGCAAU